GAUUUUUCAAAAAAAAUCAGCUGAAAUAAAUAAAAGGAAAAAGACAAAACCGCUUUCACAACCAGGUCAGAGAUGUAAUGUGCAUGGUUUUAAAAGUUAAGGGAUAUAUUUUGUCCGAUUUUAGAGUUUAGGGAUAAAAAUUAGACUUUUGUGAAUGUUGAUGACCUAAAUGGACUUUUUCCUUAUAUAAAUGGAGAUACUAGAGCCCACCAGGCCCAUCGUAGACCGGUGGGCUGGUUGGCUGGCUGGGUCGUCUUUAAUUACACCCGCGUACGUCUGCCGGUCUGUGCCACGCACGCAGCAACAUUUUUCAUUCCUCAUCGACCAUCCAGCCUCCGCGCAGGAACAAGGACAGAGGCAAAGCUAGAGUCAGCGAUGGGCGGCGGCGCGACCGCGAGCGACCCUCCUGCUAAUCCGCCGCCGGCCUUUCGCGUGGACCGGGCGCUGCAUGCGCUGGGCUUCGAGUUCACCCGCGUCACCGCCGACGAGGUGGUCGGCCGCCUCCCCGUCACCGAGACCUGCUGCCAGCCCUUCGACUGGCUCAACGGCGGCGUGUCGGCGCUGAUGGCGGAGACGACGGCCAGCAUCGGCUGCUACGUGGCGUCGGGGUACCGGAGGCUCGCCGGGGUGCAGCUCUCCAUCAACCACGUCGGCCCCGCGCGCCUCGGCGACGUCGUCCAGGCGCGGGCCACGCCGAUCCAGCUCGGCCGCAAAAUCCAGGUUUGGGAGGUCCAGAUAUGGCAGAUUGAUCCUUCCACAUCAGAGCGCAAAGAUCUGGUGUCAACAGCAAGGGUUACCCUGUUAGCCAAUCUAUCAACACCAGAUAAGAUGAAGAGCUUUGAAGAGGGCCUCAAAAAAUUCUCAUCAAAGUUGUAGAGCUAUUGAAGGCAUCUCACUUACAUUAUUAUUACAUAAAGGACUGCAGUGGCAAGCAUCGUCUAUUAUUUCAUCAAGAACUCUAGGAGGAAGGAGAGCUGAGUGGCUGACCUGUCAUUGGCAGAUUACCAAGAACUUGAGCUUGCUUUAGAAUUAGGAUUCUUCCCAAAUCUACUUAUUGCCAGCCUCUUCCUGUGUUGGAGCAAAACGCGAAAGAUUUUAAACACCGUUUUGCAGUCGUUAAAACUCUGGUUCCAGCAUUUGCAAUGUAUUACCUAAGGUUCUUUAACUGGCUAGUUAAAUCAUUGAUCUCCAUGAAGGAGAGAUUCAAUGAAGAUAGAGUUCCAGGCACCUCUUCUGCAAAUAAUUUUGCCAAUUUAUUUGCUGCAGUUUCCAUCUUCUGCAGCGCCUGUUGAGAACAAGGAGAUUUCUUCACAAAAUAUACUGUCUAGUUUAUGGAUUGGUCAUCA